AUGAAAGUUCGAGUCUAUGUAUUAUAUUAUCAAUGAUAUUGUUACUGACUUGCAUAUGUAAACGUAGAGUUGAAUUUGUGGAACUGAUGUAUAUUGUGCUGUGAAUUCACAUUGCGUGACUUUUGAUUUUCUUGAAGAUUUAUAACAAGACAUAUAAUCAAGUAACAAUGGUAAGAAAUAGUAUACACUUCAGUUAUCAUUUUGAAAUUAAUUUAUUAUAACAUUUUAGAUACAUUUUUUUUUACAUACAAAUGAACAAUUAUUUGUAACGCUUCAGUGACUAUUGGAUACAAAUAUAAAUUUUCACUAAUAUAUUUCAGAGUUUCAAUUUGCCGUCGCUUGUUCCAAAACCUACUGCCAAUGAGCAGUUCAAUAUUCAUGAUGACAAUUAUGGUAUACCCAAUCCAUUGGUUUCAGGGUACGAAUAAUUAUCAAUAUUACAAUUUUAUCAGUAAUUAAACUUACAUCCAAUAUUAAAUGUAUUACUGUUUGAUCUUCUCGUUGCUAGAUUAGCAGUAACUAGGCAACAUAUAGGUUAUGCACAUCCAUUGGAAGCAUCACAGAAAAAUGUAAGAAAAUAAUUUUAUUCAUUUUAUUGAGAUAUAACAAUGGAUGCACAAGAGGUUUAUAAUAUGUAUUACAUAUGUAUAUUUUUCAGUACGAGAAAAGCCGUACUCGUAUGAAUAUGGUACUGUUAAGAAAUACGCAAGGAUUACAUGCUCCAAUGCGUCUGGCAAUGGAAUUAAAAGCUACUGAAAAGAUUGGAAGACUUCCAUUUCUUCCAUCGUCGCAUAUGAUGAAAGACGUGUUACUUGGAAAGGAUGAGGAAAUAGGGUUUGAAGACAUAUUAAAUAUACCUGACUUUAGAGAACAAAUGGGUCAACCGCACGCUAUUGUUGAGAAAAGUCUUGGGAUAUUAUAAACCUUUAUUAAUAGUAAAUCAUUUACUUUGUAUUAUCAAACAUCAAAUAUACAAUAAAUGUUUAAUUCUUCUAAUUUAAAAGGUAAUUUAUUACAAAUAGCAUUGAAUUUACUUAAGAUAAAUAAGAUAAAUAAUUUGUUUAUACAUCCGGCCAUACAAGUGAAUCUACUCUGCUAUCACAAAUUUUCUUAAUUUCUUCCAUUGUAACUUGUAACUCUUCAUUUCUGGUAUUUGCUAAACGUUCUUCGAUUGAUUCAAGAACUUUUUCUAUCUUAGUUUCCACGUUAAUAUCUUCUUUCAAAUAUACUACAAAAGGCAUAUGAAAUUUUAGCUUGUAUCUGAAAUAACACAUAUAAACGUAAAGUAAAUUUUAGAUUUGCAAUAAAAUUAUUAAUUCUUUUUAAUUUAUUUACGUGUUAUUGUAAGUAUUCAAUGUAUGUUUCUUUUCUUUCAACGUCAUCUGAGGUUCAGAAGUAUCUUCUGAAGUAUCUUCUGAAGUAUCUUCUGAAGUAACUGUUGCUGUAUCUUCUGAACUAAAUGUUGCCGUAUCUUCUGAAGUAACUGUUGCCGUAUCUGAUGCAGCAACUGUUGCUGUAUCUGUUGUAGGAGAUUCUUCCUCCUCUGAAACUAAUUUUGCUAUGAGAUCUGGAUAUUUGAGCACUACAUCUCUUUUUCCUAGAAAUAAAUAACACAAUUAAUAUCAUAAAGUCUACGUCAUAAUGUAUAAAAAUUCUGAUAUAAACAUUAUAUGACAGUUAUUAUUAUUGUGUAUUGUUUUUACCAGAAGUAUCCAACUUAUCUAAAUAAUCAUGAAAGGAUUUUUUCAAAUUUUUAGCUGAUGUAAAUGGUCUUUCAUUUGCAAUACAUUUUGCAAUCGCUGCAUUAUUUUCAAUAGCAUUGUCAAAAAGCCAUUCAAAUUCUUCGACACGUAGAGCAUUUACUUCUGAUAAACUUAAAAUUCCACCUGAUGAAUACGAUGAAUACAUAUCUAAUACAAAAACGUAAUUUAAAAGUUUAUAUGUAUUUAAAAUUAACUGUAAGAUUUUAUCAUUCGUAGAUUAUUACAUAUCUUUUAUUGAAUAAAUUGAAUAAUUCAAAUUAUAUAUGUAUAAUAAACUAAUUUUUAAAAAAUACAAGUCUUAUAGUAAGAAUACUUACCACUUACUUACCACUGACCCUUCUGUUGCUUCUUUUUUGAAAUUAAACUUCUUUGUACUUUAUUGGGAAGGAACAUACACAAAGUUCGCGAGAUAAUCGGUAACUAAUAUCACGCGUUUGAAAUGUACUCCUUUUUAAAUAAACUAACGUUGUAUAUAUGUAUGUAAACAUAUACAUUUUAAAUUUUGAAACGUACAAAUAUAAAUUGUUCGUUGCUAAGAAUGUAUCGUAUAAAGUGUUUUUCGAUAUGUUAUCGAAUUAUUAACGGCUAACUAUUUCUAUUACUGGUAACUGAAAGUCAAGGUCAAAGAUAAAGAUUUGUGUAUUAAAUAAAAUAAAAAUAUUCAAAAUUUAUUUGAUUACAUCUGGGUGUAUCUAAAUGCAAUAAUAGUUUAAAGAACUUGGAUAAUAAUAUUGAAAAUCUAUCAUACUUAAACGAAUGUUUUAAAAACUUAGUAGCAUUUGAAGUAUAUCAAAAUCUAGGUAAAUACAAAUAAAAGUAUUUAAAAUAACACGUAUUUUGUUUACGAUGUGCUUAAAUACUUUAAUUUAAAGCAAAGCUCAAAUUAUUCGAGCUAUAACUUUCCCCUCCCAAGAUGUUGAUGAUUUUAAAAUCAUUUAGAAUUCAAAAUUUGUAAGAAAUCAUGUAUCGAUCAUUUAACGCGCGUUACAAACUGUAUACAUAUGUUGUAUAGGUAUAUUUAUGUUAUACGCCGGUACGUAUUUCGUUUUAUGUACGUACGUACAAUAGUUAGAAUCAAUUUCUUUUAGAAUGUUAUCUCGUAAUUUCACUCAUGGUUUUUAAUAAUUUAGUGAAAGACUGCAUUUAAAAAAAAAAUCAGCAUUUAAUACUAUCCAUAUUUUAGACAUAAAAGGUUAUCGCUAUUAAUUUCCGAAUGGCUGAUAAGAAAUACAGAAUUAUGAAAUAGUUUUGAACAAUUCUUGGAUAAAGUAUUGUGAGCCUUUUUUGCUGUACUAAAUAUUGUUGCAUUUUAUUAUCAAGUUCAUUAUUAAAAAUUUAGUAAAACAUUGGAAUAGCCUUUGUGUCACAACGCACAUUGAUAUAAUACAAAAGGAAGAUGGAUAUUAAGAUUUUAGAUGGUGGAUUUGGUUCGCAAUUAUCCACUCAUGUUGGUGCAAAGAUUGACGGUGAUCCUUUGUGGACAGCAAGAUUUUUAGCAACAAACCCUGAUGCAGUUUAUGCCACACAUUUAGAUUUCCUGCGAGCAGGUGCAGAUAUUAUUGAAACAAGUACAUAUCAAGUUUCAGUAUCUGAUCUAAUGAAAUAUUUAUCUGUAACUGAAGAAGAAAGUAUAAAGUUGUUACACAAGGCUGUACAUCUUGCUAAAGCUGCAGUGAACGAUUAUACCAAAGAAAUUAAAGAUAGUGACAAUGUUGAAAACAGACAUCCUAUGAUUGCUGGCUCCUGUGGACCAUACGGAGCUAGUUUGCACGAUGGUUCAGAAUAUAAUGGAGCUUAUGGUAAAACAACAUCCCGCAAUAUCAUCAUUGAAUGGCAUAAAUCACGUAUAAAUGCUCUUGUUGAUGCUGGUAUAAAUUUAUUAGCGUUAGAAACUGUACCCUGUUAUCAAGAAGCAGAAGCAUUAGUGGAACUUUUAAGAGAAUAUCCAAACAUCAAGGCGUGGCUUUCGUUUUCUUGCGAAAAGGGCACUCAAAACAUAGUGGAUGGAAGCAAUUUCCAAGAAGUUGUUUUACAUUGCUAUAGAACAGCAUUACCGGGACAAAUAAUUGCCAUUGGUGUGAAUUGCAUUGCACCAAAAGAUGUAACACCUUUAUUAAGAAAUAUCAAUAUGGAGUCAGCAAAUGAAUUUAUACCAUUAAUCGCAUAUCCUAACAGCGGCGAAAUCUAUUCGCCAAUGGAAGGCUGGAUAAAAAAUGAAAAUUGUGCCCCAUUCGAAAAUUUUAUUCCCGAAUGGUUAGAACUUGGAGUACGAUACCUUGGAGGUUGUUGCAGAAUGUAUGCAGAAAAUAUAAGAUCAAUCAGAAAAGAAGUAAACAAUUUUAAGAAAAAUAGAGAGUCAUAAUUGAUUUUUUUUGUCAAUUAUUUCAAAUACUCACUAUGUCAACAAUUUUGUUUCAACUUGUAAUGACAUGUGUAUUUAAAAAAAAUAUAUGUAUAUGUAU